UAUAAAACUUCACCGCACAUGGAUCAUCCUGGUACAUCAAACGGUCUUCAGGGAAAAUUCUUGAGGAGAGGCACAAACUGCACACAAUGUGUGCAUGUCCGAAGCAAUGUUUGCAAGUUCUGCCAGUGUGACUUCCGAAACAGUAGAGAAUUAAUGAAGAAAGAAGAGGAAGCCCGUUUUCUACUUAAAGGCAAGAAGGCUUUAGAACGAAAUACAGCAAGCCGGGUUCUACGAAGGAUUGAAAAUCAGCUAACAUAUCUGUGUGGCUGUGGGUAUGAAUCAAUCGUUAUCUAUUACAAGAAAGGACCAGCACGACAAGAAGAGGACAAGAAGAUCUUCACCACUAACUUCUUUUUGUGUAAGUAG